CUGAACAAAAUUUGCAAUGGGAUAUUUAUAAAAUUUUGCAAUAGGAUUUAAAACGAAAGUGUAGAUUUUCAUUAUGGCAACAGCUGGCGAACUUCCUCCGGAAAGAGACGUGAAGGAUUUCAGAUAUCAGCAGCUAUGCAGAUUUCAGAUAGAUGAUGGCAAUUCACCAGUAGAGGGAAAGAGUCCUCAGUUAGUUGCAGCUUCCUCAAAAUAUGGAGUAAUUUUUGUUGGGACAAGUAAAGGAUUUAAAGUGAUACAGACAUCUGAACUGAGUAGAAUAGAUAGAGAACAUGCUAAAGACAGAACAAAAAUAAUUGUGAAAGAAUAUCCUUGCCUGGCAUCAAUAGAGUUAUCUGCCCCUCCAUCAUUGUUGGCACUUAGUUGUGAUAGUCUUAGUUUGGCUGUUGUUGUAGAAAGUGCAGAUUUGUCACAAGUCUACAUAUAUGAUACUAGAAGUUUUGUCAGUCAGGGUGAUCAGGCUCCUCCAUUUUUGAGGAUAAGAUUGAAUUGUGGUCUGGCAGAUUUAGCAUGGAAUCCAGAAAAUCCUACAAUGCUUGUAUGUGUAAUGGAAGAUGGCAGUGUGUCUAUAUUUGAAGCUGGAGACAAUCUUAAUAUUAAGGCAACUGUACCUGCCCAGGCAAAGGCAACAUGUGUAUGCUGGAGUCCAAAAGGAAAACAGUUAGUUGUAGGACAGCAUGAUGGACUUUUAGCACAAUAUGAUCAAGCUUUAGUGAAAAAGAAGGAAUGGACGUGUCCAAACAUAUUAUCUGGGCCACAAAGAGUGGUUGGUAUAAUUUGGCUGUCAACUUUUAGUUUUAUGGUGGCCUACAUCGCUGAUAAUGCUGAUGCCAGUGAUCAACCAACAGUUGUCCUAAUCACUGGAAGUAAAGAAGCCCCACCUAAGUACACUUCACUUGAAGAUCCAUGUUAUGGUGGAGGUGAAGAGAGACUGAAGAAAUUUUUCUUUCAUUAUAUUCCUGCAUGGGAGAUGAUAACUGCUACAUCAAGUACUGCAAUAGAAAUAGCUGUGUUGGGGAAACACUUUGAUAACAAGACUAUAAUGGAGAGAUGGAAUCUAGAAGAUUCAGCAAGGGCAGAGAUUCCAAUGACAGCAGAUCAUUGUGAAGCUUAUACAAUGGGCGUAGCUAUUGACUUCUCAUCUCAGAUGCCUCUUCCUCUUUCUGAAGAGACAACGUUGCCACCAUGCCCAAUUUUACUUGUCUUAUCAUCAGAAGGCAUCUUAAUUCCUUUCUAUAUGGUUUACACACAUUCAGAAACUCCAGUAUUGACAUCAGCAGCUGCUGUUUUGUCUGCUGAAGGAGCCAGGAAACCUAAAGCAUCAUCAGUAGCUCCAGGAACACAACCAUCAGCAGGCAUACAGCAAACACAGCCAUCAGUGCCUGCAGGACCAAGUUUCCAGUUUGUAUCAACUAAACCAGCACCCACAGGUACAGCAUCACCGUUUAGUUUCACGUCGUCCACUAUGGCGCCACCUACAGUGACACCAGCUGCAUCUCAAGACAAAUCGGCAGCAACAUCUAGUUCAGGGUUUGGUAUUUCAACACCUCAGUCAACAGGUUUUAAUUUUGGCGCUAAACCUACCAGUACUUCAACAAGUGAAUCUUCCUCUACUAAACCAAGUUCAUUUGGUACACCAUCAAGUGAACCCACAUCCACAAAACCAAGUAUAUUUGGUACACAAGCUAGUGGUGCAUCAAUUUUUGGAAGUACACCAUCCAGUAAUCCAUCAGCCACAAAACAAAGUAUGUUUGGUGUGCCAGCUGGCAAUGGGUCUGUCUUAGGAACUUCUGGUACAGGAACUAGUGAAUCCUCAUCCACAAAACAGGGACUAUUUGGGACAUCAGUUGGCGGUACAUCAAUUUUUGGAAGUACACCAAAAACAACUCCUACAGCAGCUCCUACAUCCAUUUUCUCUGCAGCACCUACUGGAACAGGAAGUGGAUUUAGUUUUUCUGCAACUCUAGCUAGUAAUUCUACAUCCUCAACACUAGCUAGUAGUUCUACAUCCUCUACACCAAUUUCAUUUAACUUUGCUAAGCCCUCUGGUGGAACUGUAUCAUCAUCAGCACCACCUGCCAGCAGCAAUGUUCAAACACCUUUGUUUAGUACCCCAGUGGCCAGUAAAUCAUUUUCCACCCCAGCAUCAUCUAAUGAGACAGGAUAUAAACUUGGACCUGGACUAGGUGGUGUUACACCAGGUAAUACGCUACUACCAAAACAACCCACAGGAGGUCCCGGGAAACCUGAGGUGUCAAAGCAAGGUUCCCAACAAAGUCAGCCACAACCAAAUGUUAAAACGGAAGAAUCAAAACACAAAACAGUUCAACCACGAGUACCUUCAUCUCAGUCUCAACAAUCUCAACCACGAGUACCUUCAUCUCAGUCUCAACAAUCUCAACAAGAAGAAGAGACAGUUGACAGCACCUACACAAAAAGUAUUAUGGAAGAGAUGACCCAUUUUGAAGAAGAACUAAAACAGUUUCGAAAUAGGACUUUAUCUCACAAAGUUGCUGUUGGUGAUAUAAGAGAAAUGGAGAAAUUAAAGAAAACGACAGAAGAAAUGACAAAGUUUAAUGAAGAAGUUAAAAAAUUGACAAAGGAUCAAACAAAGGAGAUUGAAGAUACCAAAUCUUUGUUGUUAGAUUCAUACAGCAUGAUUGAGGAAUGUAAGAUGAGAGAACAGAGAAAUACAGAUCCAAAGUAUAUCCACUUGUUAAGAUCUAAAACCCUUGACCCUGCUAACCAAGAAAGGCUUCGGUCCUUACAACAGAAGUACCAGAUAUUGGACCGUGGACUAAGGGAGUGUGAUACUAUCCUUGAUAAUCAGUGGCAAGAAUAUCAAAAUAAAAAUAAAAGGCAUGCAAGGAUAAACACGCCUACCACAGAUUUGAUCUACCGUAGUAUCAAAAGUAACAGAAAUGUAAUUCUUCAUCAAAAUCUAGAACUUAGUGACCUUGAAAGUAAAUUAAAACAACUAAAGAUUUAUAACAAGACCUCAUCUUGGCAGGAUACUUUUAAUGAGUCUAGGAGUGCUGAGCUUUCUUCUUUAGCAGAUUCACUACUGGAAUCAAAGUCUGCUCCCCUGUCCAGUAGUAAGAUCACAGAAACAACAAGUCCACAAAAGAUGGCUCGGCUCAGGGAACAUUUGUCCAGGAGAUCUGUUCCCAGGAUUAAAUCUACUAGGCCAGAGAAUUUAUCAAUGUCAAGGAUUGUGACAGUGGAAACAGUUGCCAGCAGGAAUCAACAGAAAGCACCACCAGUACAAAAUGAGGCUCCAGUGACAAAUGGGUUCAAAGUUCAACAGCAGUUUGACCAGCCUGAUGUCAGGCCUCAAUAUCAGACUUCAUCAAUACAGCAACAGGCCAGGAGUCUUACAGGAUCGGCUAUCAGAUUUCAACAGACUAAACCUGCUAAUAUGAAUUUUGGUCAAUCAGGCAUGACUGUAUCAGGUGACAGAAAUCAGUCAGGUGGAAGAUUUGAAAGUCAACCAAGAAUGACAGAAGGAUUUAAUGCAGUGAAACGUUCCUAUGGUGUACUACCUCCUGAUGAUUUGAGACCCACCCUGAGUGGUAUAGAGGACAUAACACCUCCCUCCUCUACAGGAUAUGAAGAAGAUGAGGAGGACGAGGAGACAGAGACAGAAACUAAUGAUGAUGAGGAAGGUUUUGGGCCCCAGUACAAUAUUCCUUCUGAAGAAUCCAGUGAUAGUGAAACUGAAGUUCUUGGCUCGGGGAAGGUAACAUCAACUCCAUUAUCCUCUGUAAGACCUGAUAUGCCCAAAUCAAGCCCGGUAGUAACAAGCAGAAAUUUGUUUGGGUCUCCAAAACCAUCAGACGUCAGCACUACAACCAAACCAUUUUCAUUUGGAGGCACAGAUACAACUAAAGGAUUUUCAUUUGGAGGUAGCGCAGAUUCAAAUGGUGGAGCCAUUCCAAAAAAUCCAAAUGGAUUUGCCUUUAAAUCAAAUGCAUCCAUAGCAACAGGUUUAGCAGAGAAAGUGUCAUCUACGAGCAGCAGCACGACUAAUAACAUACCCUCUACUGGUUAUAAGUUUGGACAGACUGGUACCUCUGCCUUUGGUUCUGAAUCUUUUUCUACAACCACAGGAUCCUCAGCAGGAUUUGAUUUCUCGGCUGGGAGAAAGACAGAUGAAACAAAAAAUGAUAAAAGCACUUCAGAUUUAGGGGGUGGAGAAUCAACAGCUGAUGUUUCUAAGUCAGCAUCACAGUUGUCACUAGAUGGCACCACUAUUACAGCUAAGCCUACUGGUUCUUCGUUUUCCUUCUCUGCAGGAGCAUCCAGUUCACAAAACAUAACAGGACUAUUUGGUAGUAAACACAAUGUUCAGAAGACUUCAUCUAGUGAAAGCACCACAAAGUCAAAGGAAACUGUUGAAGUUGCCACCAAUGAAAACAAACCAGUGAGUGGAUUUUCUUUUUCGCAGUCAUUUGGUUCCAUACCACCAACUGGUAGCAGUGGAGUAGACACAACACCAAAGACUUCAAAAGAAACGGGAUGUAAGCAAGGGGAGACAACACAGAAAGAACAGCCAAGCUCUUCAGUUUCUAGAAGUUUAUUUGGUUCUCCUGAUACAGGAGCCACAUCAUCUGUUUUAGGUCAAGCUACAUCUUCAGAUGAUCCUAAAAUAUCUUCGACAGGCACAGGAAUAUUUGGUACCAGUUCUUCAAGUGAAACAGGUCUAUUUGGGAAAACAGCAGUCAGUCAUAGUGUAUCCAGUACAUCUAACAACACUGGUCUGUUUGGGAAAACAGCGGUCAGUCAAAGUGUAUCAAGUACAUCUAACAAUACAGGUCUGUUUGGGAAAACAGCGGUCAGUCAAAGUGUAUCAAGUACAUCUAACAAUACUGGUCUGUUUGGGAAAAAAGUGUCAACAGAUGGACAGACACCAACUACCACUGUUACAAGUUCAGAAGCUACUGCCAACAGUGAGACCUUAAACCAACAAAAAGAGGAAAGUGAAGAAACAGUGACAACUUCAUCAGCUGUGACAGAUGAAAUCAGUGGUUCAAAUGUGCCAGCUACAACUAGUAAUGCCAGUGGAGGUGGAUUAUUUGGGCAAACAUCAAGUGCAACAACUGGAAUAUUUGGACAGACAACUUCAGCAGCAGGGACAGGUUUAUUUGGUCAGAAACCAGCUUUAGGAUUGUUUGGUCAGACCACUACAACAGGAACCUUGUUUGGACAGUCUAGUAGUGCAGCUUCUACCAUUGCUCCUUUUGGUCAGGGUACAACAACAUCAACUUCCAGCCCAUUUGGACAAACAUCCACAACCACUGCUGAAAAUCUGUUCCUGCAAAAAUCAUCUUCUACUCCAUCUAGUCUGUUUGGACAGACCCCAUCCACUACUAGCUCCAAUGGCUUGUUUGGACAGACCACUAACUCAAGUUCAGGGGGAUUAUUUGGCCAAACUACAACUACUUCAACAGGACUAUUUGGACAACCUUCUUCUAGCUCUAGUGGUUUAUUUGGUCAGCCAGCAUCAAGCUCUGGAGGAUUGUUUGGUCAGACAACAUCACCAACAAGCUCUGGAGGAUUGUUUGGUCAGACAACAUCAGCAACAAGCUCCGGUGGUAUUUUUGGCCAGCCAACCUCUACUCCUAGUUCUGGAGGCCUUUUUGGUCAGUCAACUUCAACUCCUAGCUCUGGUGGUAUGUUUGGACAAACAACCUCCUCUCCUGCUGGAGGAUUAUUUGGUCAACCAGCUUCAUCAGCUGGAACCAGUGUAUUUGGGCAACCAGCUGGAACCAGUGUAUUUGGGCAACCAACUUCAUCAGCUGGAACCAGUGUAUUUGGGCAACCAGCUGGAACCAGUGUAUUUGGGCAACCAACUUCAUCAACUGGAACCAGUGUAUUUGGGCAACCUGUAUCAUCUGGGAGUAGUGGAUUUGGGCAGACAUCAGCAUUUGGUCAGAAGACAACAGCUCCAGGAUUUGGGCAGACUGCAUUUGGUCAGACUGCAUUUGGACAAACAUCAAGCUCAUUUGGCGGGACAGCGACCACAUCCAGUUCCGGUGGAGGUAUAUUUGGUGGAUCAAGUUUUGGUGGUCUCGGUGGACAACCGAGUACAGAGAGAGCUAACACCAAUGUAUUUGGUUCUACAUCCUUUGGUACUACCACAACGAGUUCCACAGGUUCCAUCUUUGGUAAUCAAGGAAGUUCAACUUUUGGAGCCAAGAGUUCCAGCACUUUUGGAGGGGUAGGAGGUUUUACCAGUGGGGGAGGUAGUGUAGCUGCCUCAGGUUUUGGUGUUGCAUCACAACAGACUAGUCCUUCUGGAUUUGGAGCUCCUGCUGCUUUUGGGGGUAGUCCUUCAUUUGGAACAGCUCCAGCUUUUGGUACCAGCCAAGCCUUUGGGAGUAGUCCAACAUUUGGUGGCAGUGGUGCAACAGGAUUUGGCAGCCAACCAGUUUUUGGUAAUCCAGUAGGUGGUAAUACUAUGUUUGGAUCUCCACAACCUGGACAAUCAGCUGGAUUUGCAGGAUAUGGUGGUACAGGAAGCAGUCCAACAUUUGAGGCUCUAGCAGGGAGUAGUAAUGUUCCAACAUUUGGUGCAUUGUCACAACAAAGUCCUGGUGGUGGAUUUGGAGGUGGAGGGUUUGGAUCAACUCAACAACCAGGUUUUGGCCAAACAUCGCCACCAAGUAAUCCGUCUUUCUCUGGAUAUAGGUCUUAAUUGUGUGAUAUGAGCAGGUUGACAACUAUAAGAACUGAAACAAUUUAUACCACCUACUGAGAAGAAUUUAUAUACAAUGAUUUACAUUGGAGACUUUACAAAAUGUUAUAAAAGCAAUUGUUUAUGUGUUGAAUUUGUGGUUUAUUAAAAAAAAUAUUUAGCAACA